AUGUCCAUGCCAGUACAGAUGCCAACCAGUCGUCUACCCACUCCCCAGAUAGACGCAAGUCUAUGGACGUCGGUCUUAUGCAUCAUCCGUUCGCACGUGUUGCAAAGGAGAAGAAUGACGCAAUAUUUUUCUGGCCGCCCAUAUUCUCCUGCAGGGUCAAGUCAGUCCAUGGCCCGUCCACCGUCCGGCCUAGCCCUUACCCCUGCCCUUCUUUGGCUCAUAGAGCAUCAGAGAUGUCUUUACCCCUUCUCGCCCCUCCCUUGUAUUGGAAAUUCGUCCAUCAUUUCUGUCCUCUUUGGCGCUCCGACAUCUGCGUCGCCUCCGCAUGUCUCACCAGAUGCAAAAUCCCCCGGGAAUAUGCACGCAUGGGCAUUUCCUCGUAACGAGGCAGAUCAGGACACGGAGGACUUGUACAGUUCUACUGGAUUAUCUAGUGGCUUGAUUGCUAGCAUCUGUGGGAGCGACACCAGCGCGACCAGCUCGAUUGUUCAGACGUCAGUAGCUGUGUUGGCGUCGAUCUUUUCGAUCCGAGUGGCAGGAGAGGGACUUGAUACGUGGAUCCAACCUCGAGACGUCCAUGUCCGAUCUGAACAUGCAGUCCAGCCAGGGAUAGCUCAACGAGGCUCACUUAAAUGUCGCGACUUCGUCUUUGUUUGCCUACCAACACAGGGAAAACCUGUUAUCACAGGAACCAGGGUAUUCCUCGGCUUCCACUAUUUUUCCCGGUGGAAGCCCGCAGGUCCCAUGGAGCCUGCCAUAGCAGGCCGCAAGCUCAGUAUACUUACCAGAAGGAGUGCCGCACGAUCAUACCCGGAACAACAUCGAGCACAACUCCUCAUACCAAACACCCGUAGACACAACGUCCCUGUCCAAUGCCCAGAAAUCCAGCAAUGCUCACAAACAGGAAACCAUCUGCCAUUCUCGCGGGACAGACUUGGUCGGAGCUUCGUCCCAGGCGUCCCAGGGAAAGGUGUCAUCAUCGAUAUCGUAGGGUGAAAGAUAGUCUGAUUGCCGGGUAGACCUAAAGGCAGUUCUCCACCUCUCCCUGUCACCUGUCCAU